AUGAAAACCUCACUUCUUCAACUCGAGAGAUCUUAUGUCGAAGCGAUUACAGAAUUCGGGGAACAUUCUUAAAAAGCCCAAGAAACACGUAUCAAGCUUAUUGAAAUGCUUAACUAAACUGGCAGAUAUCUACUUUUCCAAAAGCUUAAUGGGGAGAAGUAUCUCUAAAGAGCUAUAGAAUUAACCAAAAUGCUAAAUAUGGAAGAACAACUUAUGGUUAAAUAUUAAACGUAUAUGUAUUAUGCAGAGUACCUUGAAAGUAAAAAGAAUUAUAGUAUGGCGUAAAAUUUAUUGAUACAGUUAAUUCCUUUAGCAAAAACGAAUGAAAGGAAUAUCAUAAUGAUUUAAAUUCAAAUUCUUAAUCAUAUAAUUGAAAAUGGAAGAAUGUGUAACAAAAAUAAUAUAAUACAGUUUAAUGAAUAAUUGUUAAAUUUAAUGGAGGAAAUUGGACUUAGUUUCUAUUUAUAUAAGGAAUUUCCAAAUAAGUUUCAAAUAAUCCUAUUAUAAGCAUUAUCAUUCUAAGCAAAAAUAUACUUGAAAUAAAAUAAGGAUAAGGAGGCAACAUAGCUCUUUUUUUAGUCUUUUCAUCUUUCUGAGGAGUUACUGGGAUUUAAUGAUAAGAAAACAUAAGAAUAUAAAAAGUAAUAUGAGCUAUUAAGUGAUAAGAUCUCAGUUAAUUUAGAAAUUUAGAGUCAAGAAGAGGAAGAGGAAGAUAAAAGACAGAAAAUCCAGAAUUCUCAGAAAAAAGAAGAAAAGAACAUUUUAUCGUUUAGGGGCAAAAAUACUUACAUAAACAAUUAUAUUAUAAAUGUAGAUUCGGCCAGAGCGCCCAAAUUAGCCAAAAAGAUUGAUAAGAAUAAAAUUGAGAAACCUAUUAUUAGUUAAAGAGCUCCUCCUAAGUUUAAUGAAUAGUAAUUACAAUAGUUAUUCGUCUUAAAAAGCCAAAUUAAAAGACCCUUGAGUUCAUAAGGAGCUUCUAAAAUGACAAGUCCAACUCGAUGUUAUUCAAUAUUUUCAAAGAACAAUAUGGACAAAAUGUAAAAUAGAACUCCUUCUGUAGAAUAAAGCUUAAUAAAAUAACUGGAGACUGCCUAACCUAAAGAUAGAUUUAAUGAUCUCAUAAUUAACAGGCCACAAUACGAAGAAGUGAGGAAAUAUGAAAUUUUUAAAGCUACAUAAUAGAGAAAAAGCAAAUAAAUAGCCUCCAAUUAUGUAAUUUAGUUUAUCCCUCCGUCUCAUUCAUCAAGGCCAUAAAUUAGAGAACCAUCCAAAACUAACAUUCUGUAUAAAGUAGAUAGCAAGAAAUUUCCAAGUAAUCCAAGCAAUUAAAAUAUUGAAAGGUGUUCUCAAAGGAAAAUUGGUACAAACGAUAUUUAGCCCACUCAGAGUAACAUUAGAUUGGGUAGUAAAAUAAAUUUGACAAAUGAAAUUGAUGAGGAAAAUAUUAAGUAAUAGGAGGAUGACAGAAAUUAUUCAUUUGAAGAAGACCCUAACAAAGCCUUAACACAUUCAGAUCCAAUAAUAGCAAAAUUUCUAGAGAAACAUCCAAUAGAGGUUUUAGUAGAAGCUGUUGAUAGAAUCAAGGCCAAAAUGAAAUACCAUAUCUAUUAUUCUAGAAUGCAAAGAAACGACGUCUAAUCGAAUUAAAAUGAGAUUUAACCUAUCAAAUUACAUCCACAUACUAAACACUUAACAAGAUCAAAUACAUACGGACUUGAAAUUCUGGAUAUUGUUGAAAAAAAAAUAUUAGAAAAUGAAGCCAGCAAAGUUAUAAAUAAAUUAAUAUCUCCUGCAAAUUAAUUAGACUGGUAUCCUAUUCAUUUCUAUAAUAAACUAUUCACAGAUAAUGAAACUUCGAAAUGGGUAUUGUAGANUACUUGAAAUAAAAUAAGGAUAAGGAGGCAACAUAGCUCUUUUUUUAGUCUUUUCAUCUUUCUGAGGAGUUACUGGGAUUUAAUGAUAAGAAAACAUAAGAAUAUAAAAAGUAAUAUGAGCUAUUAAGUGAUAAGAUCUCAGUUAAUUUAGAAAUUUAGAGUCAAGAAGAGGAAGAGGAAGAUAAAAGACAGAAAAUCCAGAAUUCUCAGAAAAAAGAAGAAAAGAACAUUUUAUCGUUUAGGGGCAAAAAUACUUACAUAAACAAUUAUAUUAUAAAUGUAGAUUCGGCCAGAGCGCCCAAAUUAGCCAAAAAGAUUGAUAAGAAUAAAAUUGAGAAACCUAUUAUUAGUUAAAGAGCUCCUCCUAAGUUUAAUGAAUAGUAAUUACAAUAGUUAUUCGUCUUAAAAAGCCAAAUUAAAAGACCCUUGAGUUCAUAAGGAGCUUCUAAAAUGACAAGUCCAACUCGAUGUUAUUCAAUAUUUUCAAAGAACAAUAUGGACAAAAUGUAAAAUAGAACUCCUUCUGUAGAAUAAAGCUUAAUAAAAUAACUGGAGACUGCCUAACCUAAAGAUAGAUUUAAUGAUCUCAUAAUUAACAGGCCACAAUACGAAGAAGUGAGGAAAUAUGAAAUUUUUAAAGCUACAUAAUAGAGAAAAAGCAAAUAAAUAGCCUCCAAUUAUGUAAUUUAGUUUAUCCCUCCGUCUCAUUCAUCAAGGCCAUAAAUUAGAGAACCAUCCAAAACUAACAUUCUGUAUAAAGUAGAUAGCAAGAAAUUUCCAAGUAAUCCAAGCAAUUAAAAUAUUGAAAGGUGUUCUCAAAGGAAAAUUGGUACAAACGAUAUUUAGCCCACUCAGAGUAACAUUAGAUUGGGUAGUAAAAUAAAUUUGACAAAUGAAAUUGAUGAGGAAAAUAUUAAGUAAUAGGAGGAUGACAGAAAUUAUUCAUUUGAAGAAGACCCUAACAAAGCCUUAACACAUUCAGAUCCAAUAAUAGCAAAAUUUCUAGAGAAACAUCCAAUAGAGGUUUUAGUAGAAGCUGUUGAUAGAAUCAAGGCCAAAAUGAAAUACCAUAUCUAUUAUUCUAGAAUGCAAAGAAACGACGUCUAAUCGAAUUAAAAUGAGAUUUAACCUAUCAAAUUACAUCCACAUACUAAACACUUAACAAGAUCAAAUACAUACGGACUUGAAAUUCUGGAUAUUGUUGAAAAAAAAAUAUUAGAAAAUGAAGCCAGCAAAGUUAUAAAUAAAUUAAUAUCUCCUGCAAAUUAAUUAGACUGGUAUCCUAUUCAUUUCUAUAAUAAACUAUUCACAGAUAAUGAAACUUCGAAAUGGGUAUUGUAGAAUCCUAAAAUUACAGUCUAAAUCCUAUAAAAAUCAUAGAAUAGAUAAUAAUAUCAAUAAAUUAGUGUAGAUUUAUUUUAUGCAAUUUUAUCAAAUUAAAAAAAGUCAACAACAAUUUAGUUGAUAGCUUCGAUAGAACUAUCAAAUCACAUAAGAAAGUUUUAAGUGAGAUUCAUAAUUGAUUCUUUAGCUGACCAUUACAAAGAGAUUUCUAGUUAUGAAGACAUGAUGGAUCUUUUUAAUUAAUUAACUAAAAUUUAUUUCAUUUAAGAACAUUUGCUACAUGAAUGGAAAGAAGAAAAUCGAUAAUAUACUUUAUAUGUUGUAAAUUAAAAAUAGAUUCAAGAUUCAACAUUUAAAAGGUUCUCUGAAAACCAAAAUGAAUCAUAAAAAAUAGAUUAUUAUUCAGAUUUAUUAUCAAAAGUUCUAUUUUAUGUAAGGAGAAAGAGCUAUGUAAAGACAAUUAACGGGUUUAAGUUUAAAUCAGAAACUUAGGAACUUUAAGAGUCGAUUAAAAAAUAUAAUAAUGAGAUAUACCAAUAAAAAAUUUAGAGAAUGAAAUCCUACUUCUAAUAUAGAGAUCUUAAUUUCACUUGCAAGGUUCAGGAAUCUAAAAAGUAGUUAGCAAUAAGUUACAGAAAAUAAAUGUAGGAUAAUCGUCUCAUUAUUCAUGAAGAUACCGAAUAUAGUCUACUCAAUGAUAGUAAAACAUAAUAAGUAUAUUAGAAAGAGGAUGAAUUUCAAUAAAAAUCAAGAAUAAAUAAUGACUUGGUCAAAGAUUAUGAAAAAUUAUCAAGAUAGAAUUCUAGUGAAACGCCUUACUCCUAUUCUAAAUUUAGACCAUAAUCGACAAAAUAAAAUGGUGGAAUAUCUUAAUUAUAGUUUGAAACCUAUGCAGAAUUAAAUGAAAUAUUUUCAUUCGAAACUUAAGAUUAUCUAUAAAGGUAUUUUACUGAGUUCAAAUUGAAUGUCCCUCCAAUAAAUUAUUAUCCAACCUCAAGCAAUUUAAAAUAAAAAUAAUACAUCUAAUCUCAUUAUUACUUUAGAGAAGAGUAUCUUGGAGUAAAAUGGAAAAAAUUGAGUUAUAAACCCAUACAUUCUGAUAACUAUUUAAUUUAAACGUAAAUUGUAAAACUUGAUAAAUAGUUCUACUUUUUGACUCUGACUAAUAAAUUAAAAUUAGAAUAAAUUUUAUGUAAAGAUAAAUGGGAAGAUGAAUUAGACAUUUAACUCAAGGAAUUGAUCAAUUAUUCAGUUGGGAGAACUGGAUACAUUAUUGAUAUUAUUAAGUUAUAAGAGAGAUUGUAAUAAAAAUUGGAAAUUAAUCAUUGUAAGAUUUAACUAAAUUAAGAAGAGUCGGAUGAUCUAUUAACCAAGAAGAACUUAAAGUUAUUUAGAUAAAAUAACAAACUAUAUUAUGUUAGAGAAGCAAAUUAAUUUAUAGAGGACGGAUUAAAAGAAAUUUCUCAGGAUAGUGUAAAUAUAGAAGAUGAAUGCGUAGAUCAUAUGUCUUUAUAAAAAAGAGAUCCAUUAAUAGAUAUUAUCUUCUUGAUUGGAAUAUUGCAUAAUAAUUCAUAUGUGAAAUAUGAUGCUCAUUUGAAAAAUUGUGAGCUUCUAAAGUAUAUAGAUGGAAAACUAAUGUUUGCAGAACCAGAACAAAUCAGAAAACCAAAAUUUCCAAUAAGAUUGAUAUUAUCACAUGAAGACAUGAACAAACAUAUAGCUAGAAUGAAUGAAAAUACAAUAAGUAGCAAGGAUAUAUUAUUAUUUCCUCAUUUUAAUUCUCUUUUUUUAUUUAAAUAGACAUAGUUUAAUUACAAAGGCAUAAGUAUGAAAUUAGAAAUCUAGUCAGAUUUUAAUAAAUUACAUUAGGAUAUUAGAAACUACUCUGCAAAAGCCCGGUUAUUCAUUUAUAAAAAUAAUGAUAGAAAACAUGUAGUAUAUUUAAAUUCUUAAUAAACAGAAAGGUGGCUACAUAAUUUUUAGAUUGAUGGAAGAAUGCAAGCUAUUCUCUUUAGCUAUAGAACUAUGAUGAAGAAAACGUUAACUGGAAGGAAAUUAUAAAAAAAUGAAAAUAGAUAAUCAUUAUCUAAGGAUAUUAGAUUUUAGCUUAUAUAGGAUAAAUUGGUUAAUACCAAAUAAUAUUUUAUUCAAAGUAAAAUUUAAGAUGUGGGAUAUGCAUUUGUUACUGGAAUUGUAUUUUAAAAUUUGUUAUUAGUUAAAGUAAUGCCAAUUGGAAAUAAAACUAAGGUUCACAUUUUUCUUUAUGCAAUUUUGGAUUGUGAUGAUGUCAUUAAAUUAUUGAAUCAAUUGUGUAAGCAUUUCAUUUUGAAAUAAACUUAUACAUAUUCGAAAUUAUAUUUAGUACCUAUCACCCAAAACCUAAUUCGUAAACAAUACGUAUUAGGAAACCAAUAUGGUGAUAAUCACUUUUUAAUUGGAGAGAAAUCUUACUCAAGAGUGAUUUUUAAAUGGGUUAAGAAAAUAGAUAGAAACUAUUUCAUAAUAACAGUAACAUUAUUGAAGAACUAUUUUCAGAUAUACUUUUACAAUUCGGGCAAUUGUAGAAAAUUUUAUUACACAAUCCAUAGAUCAGAUUUUUUAAUUAUGAAUUAAUACUUUUUGGAUUCAAUUUUUCCAGAGUAACCUAAAGAAAUAAUGGCACAGCUAUUUAGGAAUUGGAGAUUCAAAGAAAUUUCAAAUAUACAUUCUCUAAUCAUAAAAGCACCUGAAACAUUUAAAAAUAGAACUGAAUAGUAUAUUUAAUAAAUAAAAGAUACUAAAAAAUAUUUCAAAAGAUCUGCUACUUCAAGUAUGCAAAGUGUUAAUAAUUUAAUGAGAUCCUCUACUUUGUAGUUGAAUAACAUGUAAGAGAAUUCAUUUGAAGAAAGCCUUAAUAAAAAGUGUUGGUUAUUUGAUACAGUAUUACUCCGUAACCAAUAAAGCAUAUUUGAGAAGAAGAUCUGGUUGGAGAUCUUAAAAUAGAUGAGCAUCAAUAACAAUUAAAUCACUGUAGACACUUUCAAAACAACUUUGAAUGAAUUAGCGUAUUCAAAUGAUAGAGUCUGCAAUUUUCUAUGUUAUAUUCCAUGCUAAGAAAUUUAGCAGUCAUUUCGUUGGCAACCAGUUAGGUUAAGAAUCUAUGAGUAUGAUACUUGUAAAGGGGUAGAUAUCCCUUUAAAAAUAAGAGGAAAGCAAGUCUAAAUCUAUAAAUUAUGCAAUAUAAUUUUAGAGAAUUAUUUACAUUCUAAAAUUCUGCCAUGCGAUUAAGAAAUUAUGAAAGUAAAUAAGAAUAAUGAUAAUCAGUUGAUAAAAUAUCAAUUGCUUUAUAAGGGGGCAUUUAUGAAGCAUAAGAUGUUAUUCAUGGCUAUAUAUUUCACUAAUGAUAUGUUUCAUGUUUGCAUUUAGAGUCGCGUAUCUCAAAUAAUUCGAAAGUUGGACAUCAUUUAGGUAGAAUUGAAGAUCCCUCACAUAAGGCAGCUCUUGACAUUGAAUCCUUACGAAGCAGGGAGAAGAAUUAGUCUAAUCUAUAGAAAUAAUUUCAUCAAUGCUUCAUUCUUGAAUUUGUGA